GCUCUGCAAAAAGGGACUGUAGGCCCAUGGGGCCGGCCUCCCUCCGGAAAUGGCGAACCCCUCCACGAAGGCCCCUUCCCCUGGCCUGCCCACGUGCUCCAGACCUGUCCUCUUUAGUUCUCUCCCCCAAUCCGUCGCCCCAUUGGGACUCCCCAGGGUCACGGGCCUGCCUUCUCGCCCUCCUAGCCUGACUGGCCGGGAGGUCCUGACGCCCUUCGCCGGGCUGGGCACCGCGGCGGCGCCGGCCCAGGGCGGGGCCCACCUGAAGCAGUGCGACCUGCUGAAGCUGUCCCGGCGGCAGAAGCAGCUCUGCCGGCGGGAACCCGGCCUGGCCGAGACCCUGCAGGAUGCUGCCCACCUCAGCCUGCUGGAGUGCCAGUUCCAGUUUCGGCAGGAGCGCUGGAACUGCAGCCUGGAGGGGAGGACCGGCCUGCUCAAGAGAGGCUUCAAGGAGACGGCCUUCCUGUACGCGGUGUCAGCGGCCGCCCUCACGCACACGCUGGCGCGGGCCUGCAGCGCCGGCCGCAUGGAGCGCUGCACCUGCGACGACUCCCCGGGCCUGGAGAGCCGGCAGGCCUGGCAGUGGGGCGUGUGCGGCGACAACCUCAAGUACAGCACCAAGUUCCUGAGCAACUUCCUGGGGCCCAAGAGGGGGAGCAAGGACCUGCGGGCGCGGGCCGACGCCCACAACACCAACGUGGGCAUCAAGGCCGUCAAGAGUGGCCUCAGGACCACCUGCAAGUGCCACGGCGUGUCCGGCUCCUGCGCCGUGCGCACCUGCUGGAAGCAGCUCUCCCCGUUCCGGGAGACGGGCCAGGCGCUCAAGCUGCGCUACGACUCGGCCGUCAAGGUGUCCAGCGCCACCAACGAGGCCCUGGGCCGCCUGGAGCUGUGGGCGCCCGCCAGGCUGGACGGUCCCGCCAAGGGCCUGGCCCCCCGGCCGGGGGACCUGGUCUACAUGGAGGACUCGCCCAGCUUCUGCCAGCCCAGCAAGUACUCCCCGGGCACGGCGGGCAGGGUGUGCUCCCGGGAGGCCAGCUGCAGCAGCCUGUGCUGCGGGCGGGGCUACGACACCCAGAGCCGCCUGGUGGCCUUCUCCUGCCACUGCCAGGUGCAGUGGUGCUGCUACGUGGAGUGCCAGCAGUGCGUGCAGGAGGAGCUCCUGUACACCUGCAAGCCCUAGGUCGGCCGCCCGGUGUGCCAGCCGGGCACUGCCAGGACCCCCUCACUCAGUGCCCAGAGCCGCCCAGCUGUCCGGCUGGCCCCUCGGGGCAGAUACGCCUGCACGCAUGCGCUCAUCGAUGGGCGUGCCCAUGGGCACCCAUGCUCCUUCCUCUCCCCAUCACGCCUGGCAGCCUCCCCCUCCCUCAACACUCAGCCAUGCGAGGGGCAGGCUCUACCCUGAGCCCGAGGGUCCCCAGUCUUUUUUUGAGGACUUGCAGCAGGAAGGCAGAGUGGGAAAGAAGUGGAAGGAAAUGAGAGAGGCCGGGAGGAGGGCAGGCCUGAGGUUUCAGAGGGGACGGGAGAAAUCCCUCGCCAUCUCCGUUCCUAGGACGCGAGGCCCAGCGCCGCCCCGCCCCGGAAGAGGCAGGGAAUUGAGCUUCGGGGUGAGGAGGGCACCAGGAGGCAGUGCCAGCUGGAAGCUCAGGCUGGAGCCUGGCUGGGAGGGGUCAGUCCCUCCCGGGGGCCCUGCUCCAGGCGCGGUGGGCCCAGGGGCCACAAACGGUCACCACCCAGAGACAAGGGCCAAGGCCAGGGGCUGGGAGCCGUGGGUUUGGAGAAAAGCAAGCUUUCUGGGCUGGAAUGGGCCACGUCGGAGACAUGUCCUAGACUCCGAGUCCCUGAUUAUGUUUUUAAAAUCUGCCCGUGCUGAGGCCUCUUUCUUGUCUUGAGAGCUGUUACCCAGCCCCACCCAGCCUUGCUCAGCAAGAGUACCCACGGAUGCAAGACCCAGAGGGGGCGCAGUGCCGGGGGGGCUCAGAGGAUGCAUCGAGGGUGCACCCUCCCUGUUUGCUCUGGGACACAGAUCCUUUAGUCCCCACCCAGGAGAGGGUGACAGCCCCCUGGUGCCAGGCAGAAUGUGGUACCAGGCAAGCUCAGUGUCUCAGCUUCUCCUGGAGCUGGCUCUGGUCCCCAAGGUUGGGGUCCCCCUGUGCUGUGCGGCCCCCACACAGUUGACAUUUGGGGUACAGGAGAGUUGGCUUAUGCGUCCUGAUCCUGGUUACAUUUCUACUCUAACAGCUACUCAUCUUCUUAAGGUUUUUGCCCUGGGGAGGUGUAGGGACAUGAAAGUCUUUGCUAAGCCUGGUUUCUUAGGGAGCCCCUUUAUUUACUAAUGGGCCCUCUACCUAAAAAACAGAAGUAACUGCUGAAUUCCUCCAAUCCCAUGGGCAUUUUCAGUGAUACCUCCCAAGGCCCUGUGUGGGAGGAGGAGAGAGAGGCUGGUACACUCACACACACACACACACACACACGCACGCACACGCACACAUGCAUGUACACACACAUACAAAUGCGUGCGCACACACACACACACACACACGCGCAUGCCCCUUGGAUCUGCCAAGCUGAGGCUUCUCCCUUGGCAGCACACAGUCCUCUGGUUCAGGACCAAAACCCCGCAGGGAUCACUUUGCUGGCGGCCGUGCUUCCCCAGAGCAGGGCUCGGAGCCAGCCGGGAGGAAGUGACCUCCUCUGGGAUGCCCUUGGCCACUCUGCUCGCCCGGCCGCGCCCUCUGUCAGCUUCCUCUCACCCUGAACGCAGAGUUGCUGACCCUCCACUGAAACAGGAAGCGUCAGAGUCAGCUGAGCGCUCAGAAACUCCACUGGGGCCUCAGGAAGAAGCCUCGGGGCGAGGCCUCUGAGGGCGAGACGUGCGGGCAGCCUGCAGGAUGCUGGAAGGAUCUCUGGCCCCAGAGGCUCUGAUGAGCCCCCUUUCUGGACUGACCACGCACCCAAGCAGCUGGCCCACAGCUGGCAGAAAGAGCACCCAGGAGAGGGGGCUGGUUUUCUCGUUUCUCCCCCACUCCCACCGCCUGGAGACUCUGCCAGCCGCAGCCAUCUUGCUCCCCAGAGACCCAACUCUGCCCCCAUGCUGGCUCAGCCGGAGGCCUACAGCGGCAGGAGGAGGAGCAUGAUCUACAACAUGCCAUCUGCACCCCAGCACCCAGGCCGGCGGUGUCAGGGGUGCAGGAGGAUAAAGGGCAGACUCUAAGGGACCAAGGCCAUGGCUGGCCACCAACACAGACAGCCCAGGCCAAGGGCCUGGAUGCAGGCUCUCAGGGCCCCUCCGCCUGUGAGGCCACCUCUCUCCAGCCCUUCCUUCUCUUUUGUGGCUCCCACCCUUUCUCUUCCAGUUGCCCCCAGAGGUCCACCUCAGUCCUGCCGGGACCCUGGGGACCAGUUACCACUGACCCCUCAUUCUAUACAGCUUUAAGGGAAUCACUCACAGGGUAUUUGUUGUCUACCUCACAUAUAUAGAUUUUAGGGCAAAAA